AUGCAGCUUAUCAAUGCCAUCUACGCCGUCACUGUACUGGCCACCAUUGCGGCCGCAGUCCCUGGCCCAAUUGUCGCUAGGGGUGAGAAGUUCGCCGUCUUCAAUGGCGAGAAAUCCGUCAUGGUUUCAACCGAGCCCUCUGCGGAGACUGGCAACGUCUUGGUGGCCCUGGCCGAAGGGGAUGUCGACUGCAAGGGCUCUGCCUUUUGCGAAAGACUCGGCGGGAGCUGCGACGAUGCUUAUCGCAAGGUGAUACCCAGCAACACCUACAGCACCUACCUCGACGCUUCCAACACCGGAACUUGCAGUGGAACUUGCGGUCUUUUUGUCAGCGGCCCCCACUGCGAAGUCAUGGGCCAGGAUUUGAUGGACGCCUACAAUGACAUUCGCAACCGAGGCCAUUGCGCCCAUUGCGGACGCAAGCAGAUUGCCAACGGCUGUAUGAUCAAGAUUGACCGGGUGACGGGUUGCUGA